GGAAAAUGUAGCAACAAUUGUAAAAAAAAAAAAUAUUGCUGUAUUUUUCCCUUAAUUUCUGUUUUUGCGAAUAAGUGACGACACUGGCACUGAGGAGGAGUUGGUGGAAGGUUUGCAUCUGUGAUUAUUAAUCCGUAAAUUUUGUGGUGCAAGUUCACUAAUGUUAGGCUUAAGACUUAGACUUUAGAGGUGUAAUACUAACAGUAACGGUGUUUAGUAAUGAAUGUGAUACAGUGACACUGCAGUGCUCAUAGCUGGUCAGCCCAGCUUUUCCAAAGUAAUUUCUGUUCAAAAGAUACACAAGCAAAACUUCAAAAUGAAACCUAUUGUAGAACUUGAAGAAUGCUUAAGAGACUCACCAAAAUUCAGGGCUGCAGUAGAAGAAAAUGAAGAACUUACUGAACAGCUUGAAACAAAGCUAGAGAAGCUAGUACGUUUAUGCAAUUGCAUGGUAGACUCUGGAAAAACAUACCUCAACUCCAAGGCUUUUUUCAUUAACGGGAUAUGGGAACUUGUAACUUACUUCAAGGGAGACACAGCAGUUGUGAAUCCUCUCAGUAAAUUGAUCCAUGCAAUGACAGAGAUUAAUAAGUAUCAGUCGAUACUAAUUGAUCAAGCACAACGUUCCAUUAUUAAGAACUUAAAUGAUUUCAUAAAAACUGAUAUUCGAAAAACAAAAGACUGCAAGCGAUAUUUUGAGAAGAUUAGUGAUGAUUUUGACAAUGCACUGAUUCGUCACUCACAAGUACCAAAGAGCAAGCCCCAUGAAUGUGAAGAAGUUGGAAAUCUUCUGACAUCAACCCGUUCUAUCUUUCAGCAUUCAGCACUAGAUUAUGCUGCUCAACUAAGUGUGCUUCAAUCCAAGAAGAGAUUUGAAAUUUUGGACACAUUGCUGACUAUGAUGCAUGCUUACACUACAUACUUCCACCAAGGAUGGGACCUCAUCCAAGACUUUGAUCCUUUCCUUAAGCAAGUAGCUGUCACUCUUACGAAGUUAAAAGAAGAGACUACAGCAUUAGAAAAGAAUGUAGAAGGAAGACAUGUGCUUGUUACCCAGAAGGAUAUGAUCCCUGUUUUGGUAAGAAAUGAGCAGUCAGAAAAUAGCAUCAGACAAGAAGGGUAUCUCUUCAAACGAACAUCAAAUGCCUUCAAAACCUGGAAUAGACGCUGGUUUAUAAUUCAAAACAACCAACUGGUGUAUAGAAAGCGGUCAAGAGAGUGUAUAAUCACAAUAAUGGAGGAAGAUUUGAGACUGUGUUCUGUGAAACCAGCUACAGAAAUUGACAGACGUUUCUGUUUUGAAGUACUAUCUCCUUCCAAGAGUCACAUUCUUCAAGCAGACUCUGAGGAGGCUUGCCAGCAGUGGAUCACAGCACUUCAAGCAGGUAUUAAUGCCGCUCUAAACCACACAUUACAUGCAGACAGCAGAAGUGAAGAUGUGGAAUUCUUAAAAAACCCUAUGAAACAAGAACCCCAGCAAGAUAAAACAAUUGUGAAGGAUGGACAGUUACCAAUCUCAAAACCUCUAAAAGCUCACAGCCAAAUUCUUUCUAUUCCUGGAAAUGACUGGUGCUGUGACUGUAGAUCUCCAGAGCCACGCUGGGCUAGUAUUAACCUUGGUAUUACCUUGUGUAUUGAGUGUUCUGGUAUACACAGGAGCUUGGGUGUACAUGUGUCAAAGGUUAGGUCACUUACUUUGGAUGCCUGGGAACCAGAGUUGCUGAAAGUGAUGGCAGAACUGGGGAAUGUUGUUGUUAAUGGUAUUUAUGAGGCAAAUGUUGAUGAAAAAAUUGCAGUACGUGCUACAUCUGAUUGUUCUCGAAACAUAAGAGAAACUUGGAUCAAAGCAAAAUAUGUGAAGAAAGCUUUUGUUCCGAGUUUACUUGGUUCCAUACCUACAAGUAAUGAAGAACAUAUACAAGGAAUGCCAAGAAGAUGGAGUGUAUGUAAGAGAAACAGAAGACAGCGGGCCUUUCAAGUUAUUCAAGCAGAUCACUCAAAAUCUUCAAGUCAGUAUCUAUCUGUACCUAAUGGAGGUCUGUCAGCACCAAGUGGAGGCCAAAAAUCUUCAACAGAAUCAUCUUCAAGAACACAUGAUCAAAUGAAAUCUCUUAGUGCUAGUCAUGCUGCUGAGGUUACUGUUGUUUCAAGAGAAUCUGAACCUUUGAACUGUGAGAAUCAGUCAGUAUUUGGGAUUCAAAGUAAAGAAAGCAAAACCAACAAUGAUAGCCAGUCAGUUAUUGAUAGUGAAAACAAGAAUAACACUGAUGAUGAAGAACAGAUAGUCACUGUAGGAGAAAACGAAGGAGACAAAAUCAACAGUGAAGAACAAUCAGUCACUGUUAGUGAAAAUCAGUAUAAGGCUAACAGUAAUGAAGAAUUAAACAAGGAGAUGCAAACAAUUGGAGACAACAUAGCAAGUGCAGAGAAAGAGUCCCCUUCUUUUGAACUAGGAUAUUUUAAUGGAGAUGUUUUGGUAUUUGGUUCAGCAGUAGAACAAGAAGUUCCACAUAUUGCAGGAAUUGAGCUUGAUAGUGCAGAUGAAUCUCUUAGUCCAGAUGAUGAUACAGAUGAAAUGAUGGAAGAUGACAUCAGUAAACUUCAUCCUAGCCUGUUGUUAUACAGAGCGGCUGCAGUUCACAACUUGCCAGUUAUGUGUCAGGCUCAAAGUAUGGGAGGAGACUCCAACUGGGUAAAUCUGGAAGACAAAGGAAGGCUUCCACUGCAUCAGGCAAUUAUCAGUGGUUCAAUCAUGGCAUGUGAAUAUCUUCUACUAAAUGGUGCAAAAGUUAAUAACAUGGAUGAGGAAGGUAAAACAGCUCUCCAUUUGGCCACAGAACUUGGACAUACAGGACAAGUGUGUCAGCUGUUAAAACGAGGGGCAGAUCAACAUGCUAUGGACAAAACAGGAAACAAUGCUCUUGCUAUUGCUAUCAAUGAUGCUAAUGCUGAUAUUGUGACUUUACUAAGACUUGCCAAGUUGAAUGAAGAAAUAAGAAGAGAUGAGUUUGGAAACUCAGGAGAUGAAACUUUUAAUGAAGUAGUUCGAGAUUUCUCCCACAUGGCAUCACAUAAUCCUGAGAAGUUACGUCGACUGCCAAGUCUGGCUGAGUGAAGUCAUUGGUCAAAGUAUCAACUAGCAGGAUUCAGCUCCUAAAUCAUAUAGUGCAAGAAGCAAAUAUGUGUUGAAAAUAAAUAUUACAAGAAAACAUUUAGUAAUUUCAUCCAAAGAGUCUCUCCUUGUCAGUUUGGCAAAUGUAUUGAUAUUUGGUACUAGACUUUGAAUUGACAUCUGCGAGCUGAUAGAGAUACAUCAAGACCAGUACUGAGAGUUAGUAUCUGCCAUUUGACAGAAAUUUGUUAAUCAUGACUGGGAAUUUGAAUUAAUGCCUGCCAGCUGAUAUUUAUUGAGUCUGGCUUUUCAAAAUAUAUUGACAUAGAACUCUGGACUAUUUGUUACCAGUUGACAUUGAAUUACUGUAACAAAAGUUAUGAUCUUUAAUAUUAAUACUCUGGGUUUUUCAUGAAUAACUGUUGAAUAUCUGAAGUUUAUGAAAUUUAAAACUGUUUUGGUAAAAUUUUUGUUUCAUUGUUCAUGGUUAAAAUAACCCAAUAAUCCCUUGAAUAAGUGAUGUAUUUUAUGUAAUUUUGUACCUUAAACAUUCCAUAUUAUGUUUUUGAAUUUUGUUAGAUUUUUAUGAUUAUUAACUGAUAUCAAGUGACCAUGUUUGUGUAAGUUUUGAUUAUUAAGUCCUAAACAAACGUCUUUAUUAAGAACAAACUUGUUAUAUCACUGAAAGCUAGUUGAAUAGAACAAUUAUUAUGACUAAAAGCUACUCAUUAUGUUUGGCUUUUUAUUUUAUUGCAUAUUUAAGUUUGAAGUUGAAAUCACUUUCUAAAAAGGCCACUCUAUAUUCUGGUAAAGAAAUAACCUUUCAUAGUGUUUUUUGCUUUUGGAUACAUGUUUUCAUUGAAAUAAUUCAUAAUAUUAUAUUGUAUCAAAGUUUGACAGAAGUAAAUUGUUUAUCAGCACUUUAACUAGAGAAGUAAGUUCAUAUUUGUUGAAACUGUUCUACCAUUAAAUAAGGAAUGAAAUACUAAAUAUUUUCAUCUGAAAUAAUCAAGUGAAUGUAUUGCUGAAUAUUGCAUCUGUAACAGAGUUAGGAUUUUGCAUGUUUAUCAUUAAUUUAGGUGCCUGAUGUUAGAUGUGUAAACAUUGAAGGCUUAGGAAAGUGUGAUAAAAACAGUACUUAAAAUUUGCUUUACUGUGCCAAUAGUUGCAAAAAUUAGUUAGAAAAAAAAGGUUUUUUGAAAGUAUAAAAUAUAUAAUUAUAGUAGUUUAACUUUAGACUUUUGUCAUCAUUCGUGUGUAAACAAAUGCUUAAAAACAAAAUACAUGAGUCAGAAAAAUCCAACUGUCUAUUCCUCGAAAACAUAAUUUGAGGCACAUAAGUUGGGAGAACGUAAACAUUUUAAGAUAGAUUAAUGUUUAAUUUGUUGUCUAUCUAUGUAUAAAUUGUUACAUAUGUUUGAUAGUAUUUACAAGUAGUGAAAUUUGAAGCUGGGCUUCAAUUAUCUUUUGGUAUUUUUUGUCAGUAUUCUUAUAUGAUUGGUCUUGUUGGGGGGUAUUUAACAUACCCAAGAGAUUCUUGUGUGAUAUUAUAUGAUCAAUCUGUUAGAUUAAAUCAUUGGUUCUUAGAUUUGUUUCUAAAUUUCUAUGCCACACUUUAAAAUAGGUGGUGUUAUAUUUGAUGGAUGUUUUGCCAGCUGUUUUUUUUUUUCCUAGUCUUCUGGCAUACUUUGCUGUAAUUUCAUCUGGAAACACACAUUUUCAAGCUUUUAGUGCUUUAUAAAAAGCUAGAAUUUAUACUAUUUGUAUAUCUCAGAAGCCCAAUAAAAUCUUAGGUGCUCUGUUA